AUGCCGGCGUCGAUGCGCGUCGAGCGGCGGUGGUGGAAGAAGGCGAACCGGAGGGUGGAGGUGAUUCUGAGGGCGCCGGUGAGCGGGCUCGGCGACGUCGACGAGGUCGCGCACGUGCGGCCGGGACGGGCGAGGAAUCAUCUCGUGCCGGGGAAGUUGGCGACGUAUGUGAAUGCGGAGAAGUUAGCGGCGGCGCGCGAGCGGUUGGCGGCGCGGGAGAGGGCGCGAAUCGAGGCGGGGGGGGAGGACGGAGACGAAGCCGCGGCGACGGCGCAAGAGGAGGAACACAAACGCAAGGAACGCGCCACGGUGAUGAAGAUGCUCACCGCGGAACCGGCGAUCGCUUUUAGAAGAAUUAAGGACAAGAAAACUGGGAAACCUCGCAUCGCGGUGACGCGGGAAAAUAUCGUUGAAGAGAUUCGACGUCAGAAAUCCCUCAAUCUUACCCCUGGCGCGCUCAUGCUCGAGCGCCCGAUCGUAGAUUUCGGCGAGUACGACAUUCCGCUCUUCAUUCGCGGCGAACCCGUGGGCGAGCGAACGGUGCCCGUCGUCGUGCGCGAGCGCCUGUAG